GAGCAGAUCACGACCGUCUGUUCAGGACAAAAUGGUUGUUGAGUGAGCACCGGGGAGGACAGUUGAGCAACGUCGCGCCUUUUCUGCUUGUUUUGACAUACUAUAUCCGCGGUACUAAAUGAUGCAGAUGAUGUCGCCAGGCGGCGUGGCCGUCGCCCUCGCUUUCAUCUGCCUCCAUACCCUCGGAGCCGGCAGUGUGAGAGGUAAUCUCGAACCAACAGCGCAGACGCACAACACUUGCAAGUUACACUGCGAACUUAAAAGGCACUACAUAGACAUCAGUUUCUUCCUAGUUGGGGACCACCCACUGAAGAACUACCUUUAUGUAUGCGAGACUCAGGGAAUCACUGCCUUGGAUAAAGUAGCACAAUGUGUGCUUGACGUUCGUGACAUCACCAAGGACACGCCUCAGGAUUUCGUGGCAACGGCAGCAGUUAUCGUAAAGUGUCUUUUCCCGGCCGAACUUGUGAUUGUUAAUCCUAGUGGAGUAAAAAUGAGGACUAUUUCUUUGCUUGAGUUGCGUCAUUGCGCGGUGGCAUGGUCUGCAAUCGCGACUUUUGGGAAGGCAGUUGGUUUGCGCGGGUUGACGCUCUUCCAGCCGCUCUACGUAACCAACGACCUGAACUUGAAUGACUCGAAAGCAGCUGUGAUACCAACAAACCACAUAUUUCCUCCAAUACCUGGGUUCAAUCGAGCGAAGCAAACGUUGCCCAUGAUAUCAGGACUACAUACUUUAGGGAAGCUAGAAAUCCAAAACCCGAAGCCUUGUGGUGCUAAUGGUACCUAUCUCCACUGUUUUGAGCCAGGUAAAGGAGUGCUCAAGAUCGUCAAUCUCCCGAGUAUAAUCUCUGAAAAUAUCUGGCCCGAAAUGGCUGAAUUGGUUCUCCAUGACAUGAAUUUAACAUCGAAAGAUAUCGCAUCAUUGCCAAGGACCAUGCCCUUCCUUCAAUCCAUGAACAUAUUGCGCAAUACCGGAAGCUUUGAAUCAUUCCCACAAUUCCCUUGGUGCAAAAAGAACAUGUUCCUCCCGCAUUCAAUGUCAAGGACGGAAUAUGGGACCUAUGAAUACACUCAAGGCGCUGAAAUCCCACCAAACCUAUAUCGUCGAUUCUUUACUCUCGAGUUUUUGACUCCGCAGCAAGCGUUGCCUGUGAAAUUCGAAGGGGUUUUGGACAAACUAGCCUUGAGGAAUACGGUGGUAGACUUCGGUAAUGAACCUCCGAACCCAUUUGAAAGUGCGUACGGAUUGCAGAUCCUUCUGUUGCAGAAUAACCGCAUCUCACGCUUGCCAGACCACGCUCUUCAAGGCCACCCCGGUUUCAUACACAUCAACCUGACCAAUAACAACAUUAUGGAUAUCGGAAGCAAGGUGUUCCGGGGCAAAACACGACUACGAAAACUGGCAAUAGCGAAAAACCGAAUCAGCCGAUUGGCCAAAGAUGCAUUUUCUGACCUUAUCAGUUUGGAGGAGCUAGAUCUGUCCUACAAUCGUCUGACAGACAUCAAAUCAGGAACGUUCACUACAUUGAAAAAGUUGAAGAAAUUGUGCCUCAACGACAACUUGAUUGAUUCCAUUGAACAAGGAGCUUUGCCAGAUACGAGGGCGAAUCUUCUCAUUCAACUCGACUUGCAGAAUAACCGUUUGAAAACACUGACAUCGUACAUUAUCCUAUUUCCUUUCGCUUCGAAGAUCGACCUUUCGAAAAACGGGAUCACAUCACGUGAUUUUAUGAGCCUAUUAAAAGGCUUGCAACGUGACGUCACGAAUGACGUUAUGAGUAGAUCGACCAAUCAAAGCGACCAUCGAGCAGUCUUGUUUCGUCUCCCAGGAAGCAGAGUUAUCCUUUCGUUAGCAGAUAACUUUAUUGACAAUAUCGACAUAAAAGAUUUGAACUCCCCGGAGAGCAAAUCUUUGGAGUGGUUACUGUCAUAUUUCACGAUUGAUUUGACGAAUAAUCCCCUGAACUGUGACUGUGCCGUGUACCCUUGGUAUAAAUUCAUCAAAAAGCAUCGAAAAGACGAUGAGUAUGGGUCAUAUUCCUGGUUGAGUUUUGGUGAGCAAAAAUGGCGCUGUACCAAGCCACCUCAUUUAAAGGGGCGCCCCCUGGAGCACAUCAAGGAAGACGAAUUCGAGUGUCAAUUUACUGGGUCAAACUGUCCAGAGCCAUGCGAGUGUCAUGAUCGUUUGAACAAUGACGUCACACUGGUCAAGUGCCAUGGGAAGAACCUGACAACGUUACCAGAAGAGAUGCCAGAAGGCCUCCUCGAGCUACAUUUCGAGGAUAACCAAAUCACUCAGAUUCCUCCGCGCACCUAUUUGUACAAUGUCACAGAACUAUAUUUGGCGCGGAAUCAAAUAGAAAACAUAACAGAUGAUGUUGUCAAACUACUUUCAGUGAACGUCAAUAGAAUUCAGUUACAAGACAACAAAAUAGAACGAAUUACCAAAAAUGUCACCAAAUUUCUCAGUAAUGUCACGGAAUUUAAUCUAUUGAAAAAUGCGUUGGUUUGUAACUGUAGUUCCAAAUGGCUUCAAGAUUGGCUUCGCCGAGCAGACUAUCUUGUGAGAGCAGACGAUAUGAAGUGCAUUGUGGGAGGAACAAUGAAGGAACUUUCCACCUUGACCCCUGAUGACUUUGAUUGCCCUGUGAGGGGCCCAGAGGUCAAGGUCGUGGCCGGGAUCGCAGCUGGGGUCAUAUUGUUGUUAUUGCUGAUUGGUGUGUUUUUUCCAGCCAUCUUAAAAGGACGGAAGAAGAAAGAGGACGCUUACAAGUUGAGGACUGUUUUGUAAGGGAGAGUCUUGAGAAUAUCUUUUUGCAAAAAUGCUUCUAUCAGUGUGAGUUGUGGCCUAUUUUAGUACAGUAUAAAAGACAUGGUUCAAAAUAUUUUCCUUGCUGUGAUUCGUGGUGACUCCGUUGUAACCAGCCAAAUUAUUGCAUGCACAACAGCCUCAAUAACACAGCUAUUAUGAAAACCGCUGCAUCAGAAAAAAUGCUUUACAUUUUAUAUAACAUUGACUACUUCGAUCAUUAUCAUUACAAAUUAUCAACACUACUCGUCGUCGUUAAUAGAAUGAUGCAUCUUCCUCAUCUUUCAAAGUGCUUGCAUUCGGAUUUCAAUUUAAAAAAAGAAAAAGACCGACCUUCCCAGGACUCGAACCUGGAAUCUUCUGAUCCGUAGUCAGACGCGUUAUCCAUUGCGCCAGAAGGCCACUGUUGGUGACAUCAGAAAUUUCAAUAAACCAU